AUGCAUAUGAGUGGAAAGGCUAUGCCCAAUUCUGUUACUGUUGCUACUCUUCUUCCGGUGUGUGCUCGUUCAGGUAAUCUGAAUGCUGGAAAGAGUGUGCAUGGUUAUGUUAUCAAAUCUGGUUUUGAAGAGGAUGCAUUUGCUGAAGAAGCAUUCUCGUUCUUCAGGUCGAUGGUGAAAGGACCUAUACAGCCAAACUAUGUAACCAUAGCCAAUAUUCUGCCAGUUUGUGCUUCAUUUGAUGACAUUGCUGCAUAUUGUAGUGGAAGGAAAAUCCACUCUUAUGUGCUGCAGUGGCCUAAAUUGUCUGGUGAUAUUUCUGUAUGUAAUGCUUUGAUGAGUUUCUACUUAAAAAUUAGACGGACGAAAGAAGCCGAGUCUUUGUUUUGGGCAAUGAAUGCGAGGGAUUUAGUCUCUUGGAAGGCAAUUAUUGCAGGAUAUGCAUCAAAUGGUGAAUGGUUAAAAGCAUUGUAUCUAUUUGGUAAUUUAGCGUCUCUAGAGACGUUAUUAUUGGAUUCUGUGACCAUGGUCAGCAUACUUCCAGCAUGUGCACAAUUGGAAAUUUUGUUGGUGGGGAAACAAGUCCAUGCAUAUAUCUUCAGACAUCCUUUUCUUUUUGAAGAUGCUUCUGUUGGAAAUGUUCUAGUUAGUUUCUAUGCAAAAUGUGGCUAUAUAGAAGAAGCAUAUCAUGCGUUUUCUAUGAUAUCUAGGAAAGAUUUGAUUUCAUGGAAUUCUAUUUUGGAUGCCUUUGGAGAGAAGAGGCAUCAUUCAAGAUUCAUCAGCCUGUUACAUUUGAUGCUUAAAAUAGGAAUUAGACCCGAUUACGUUACAAUAUUAACUAUAAUCCAUUUUUGUGCUUCUCUUUUGAGAGUUGAAAAGGUGAAAGAAAUACACGGAUAUUCAAUUAGGACUGAAUCUUUAUUUAGUGCUACUGCACCAACGGUUGGGAAUGCAAUACUUGAUGCAUAUUCCAAGUGUGUUAAUAUUGAGUAUGCAAACAAAAUAUUUCAGAAUCUAUCAGGGAAAAGAAAUCUGCAAGUGCAAUUACAAAAAAAAAAGUGA